AUGUCCAUGUUCUUGCCCAAGCUCGAGUCGGGAUGGCACGUCGACCAGGCGAUCCUGGCGGAGGAAAGCCGUGUCGUGGUGAUUCGGUUUGGACAUGACUGGGACCCGGAGUGCAUGGUGCAUGACGAGACGCUGUUCAAGAUUGCAGAAAAGGUCAAGAACAUGGCCGUCAUCUACACCGUCGACAUCACCCAAGUUCCCGAUUUCAACAAGAUGUACGAGCUGUACGACGCCUGCACGACGAUGUUCUUCUACCGGAACAAGCACAUCAUGAUCGACCUGGGCACGGGAAACAACAACAAGAUCAAUUGGGGGGUCGCGGACCAACAGGAGCUCAUAGACAUCAUUGAAACUGUCUAUCGUGGCGCUUCGAAAGGUCGUGGUUUGGUCGUUUCGCCACGAGACUACUCGACCCGCCUACGGUACUAA